ACUCUAUCAUAAGCUUAAUUUAACAGCUGUUAAACCGACAAACAACAGGUUCCUGUAAUUCCCCAUCUCUAGCGGCUAUAUUAUUGCAUUUUCUGAUAUCGAUUGUUUUCUUAAAAAUAAUAAUAAUAUAUUUAAAUAAACACCUAAGCAGCCGUCUGAAAUCCCCUUUAAAUUUAGGUAGCUGUGCAAUUUCCAAAUAGGCGAGGGCAUGAAAAAAAGCAAUCUAAUCUUUGCACAGAACUAAUUGAUGAAAGCAUACUUAAAGCAAAAGAACAAUUUUGGACUGCAAAAUUUUGCAAAAAUGUACUUGACUCUGCUAAACGGAACCGGCUUUGUUUUUAAUGUGGAUGAUUAUAUGGAACUGCGGAGCAAACACCGGAUAAUGGGUGCUCCAGUAGGAACAGCGAACACAAAAGGCUGGAGUCCCAAUCAGUCAACUCUACCAGUGGAGCUAAGUAUAUUUGAAACCCAACUACUUUUGGAAGAGAAUAUAGCAAAGUUAGUGGAUAAAUCUCAAGAUCUAAAAGCAAAACUCACAGCAGAGAAACAAAAGGAGCACAAGGCAGAUUUCGAAACCCGAUUACUGGGUCAGGAGGAAGCCUUAAAAUCGGAAAAGCUGAGAGAAACUAAACGAUACAUGGAUAAAAUCCUGGCUGGGAAGCGCAACAAGUUGCUGAAGCAGGGCAAAAAGGAAAUUGCUGAAGCCUUAACUGAGGACGAUGUACUUAAGAAAAUGUCGGAAAAUUUCAAAUUUGAUCGCCAAAAUGCUUUGGUGGAGGUGCCUUGUGAACAUCUUAAAGAUCACUCUGCACAAAUAGUUCCCGGACCUAUUGUGAACGUAAGCUCCCUGAAAUACCGCAUUUUCAAAGACCUUUGGAAGCGAGGUAAAUAUGUGACCUCUGGUGACGCUUUUGGAGCGGACUUUCUGGUUUACCCCGGUGAUCCCCUGAUCUACCACGCCUCGCACAUUGUAAUUAUACAUGAGAGCCCUAUAAUUAAGCCCCUAGAAAUGGUGGCCAAAGUUCGUCUAUCGGUUAUAGUCAACAAAAGCUGCGUAUUUGCCUACGAGAAUGAAAAUGACGGGGAAAUCCAUUACCAAACUGUCACAUGGUAUAAUCCCAGCAAGUGAGGUCUCAGAGAUGUGUCAAAAGUAACAGGUGAUUGGCAAGGAGAGAGGAGAGUCAGAGACGGAGAAAAGAGAAUGUAGAACCGUAAGAGCGAGCCGGCUUUUCUACCAGUUGUUAUUAUUUUUACAGGAUCUGUUGAUAUUUUGGAAUAAAAGAGAAAACCUCAUCCCAAUGUGCAGGUUUUAAACAAUUUAAAUACAUAAUAAGGUGGUAUCAAAAAAGGUAUCACUUUUGAUAGGGAAUCCUUUCCUUAUCUGAAAUUUUGUUAAUCUUAGCUAAUCCUAAAAAAGUUAGUUUCCUUAUAACUUUAAUUUGUCUUAACUACACUACUUUAUUCUUGUUUAUGGGAUUCGAAUUUUUUGUUUAUACAUUUGAUAGUAGUCAUCUUGAAGUAACCACCUUUCUAAUCAAAAUAUUAAUUACUGAUUAAUUAUUUCAUAACAUUUAAAUGUUUUAAUUAAGUUUGAAAUAAAGCCAAGAAAAAUGUAACAUAUUUAUUUUAGAUUCUGAAAUUUAUAACAUUCUGUCAGAGAAAGUAUCUAAUCUUCUUUUCUUCUAUUCUUAUCACUAAACCGAAUUGCACAAUCGCAAAAAUUAAAUUAUCCCCAAAAAAUUCGAAUCAAAAUAAUUUUGAAUAUUUUGCACCCGGAUUAGUUAGUUUUAUAAACAUGAGGACCCAAAUGACCUUUCUUAUCUCGCGCAGAGAUUCGUCCGCUUAGUUGGCCACAUGUGUUCCGGGUCCGUGAUGUCGGCCCAGAAUAUUUCCAUUAUUCAAUAUUUACCACCUUUUAUAGUUUUGUUUACUAUCUUGCCGACGUCUUUUUUUUGUAUUCCAUUCAAUCGUCGUCUUACUCUCCUCUCCCUGCCUAAAAAUACUCUUUCUUAACUUCAUCUGGCAAUGCCGCUCGACAACUGUACUUCAAAGAGCGUUGCCAGGCCAGGCCAGUUCUCUCACAGAUACACGUACGCACGCAC